ACAUGUCAAUUUGACGUCUGUGAUGUCAUUGUCAAAAAUGUUAUUGUUUGUUUGAUAUGGUUUUUAAUUUUAAAUUAAUUUAAUAACGUAAUUUAAUGUUAAAUAACUGGAGGAAUUAAAUCGUCACCAAAAUGACGUAAAAAUCCAAUUUUCUCACCAAAUACUACAAAAAUACAAUAAUAAUGAACGACAACACAGGCGUGGAUAACAAGAAAGAACCUUUAAAAAAGUUUAAAAAGAUUCCAGUUUACGUAGUAGAAGAACACAACGACGCUCUGCAGUUUAUUUACGCAGCCAUAGGAGGCAAGAAAUUGCCGAUAAAAGGCACAACGUUGCUGCAUCUAGAUGCGCAUCCAGAUAUGCUUAUAGAUCGCAAAUUAAAGGGGCGAGAGGCUCGGUCCGGUAGAAAAGUUUUGCCAUUACUGCAAAUAGAGAAUUGGAUUGUGCCCGCGGCGGCAGCUGGCCAUAUAGGUCGAGUGGCGUGGCUGAGACCACCGUGGGCGAAGCAAUUUAUUGACGGCACUCGCGUUGUGCGCGUAGGAGACCACCCCGCCUCAGGCUCGCUCCGUGUAGACAGCACAGAACCUUAUUAUCUGUCAGAUGCAUUGUAUUCUGCGAACCUACUCAAUGAAAAGGCAUUUACAUUUACCGUUGCGGAGCUUUCCGAUGUCGACGAGGAACGAAUAAAUAAAUUGGCUCUACAUCUUGGUGUAGACCAUCCGUAUGUUCUUGAUAUAGAUUUGGAUUUUUUCAGUACUGGCAAUCCGUUUCGUAAUUUGUUUGAAGAAAUUGAAUUAUACGACCGAUUGGAAACUAUUUUCAGUUCAAAUCUACCGACUGACAGGGACGAGAACACACUAGAAGCCUUUACAGAACUAAGAGAAUCUCAAUUGCAAGAACUUGAAAAUCUAUUUGAAUGCUUAGAAAAGUUUGGCAAUUUAGAGCUGUAUGACGGACCCGACACCGAAGUAUAUAAAAAGGUUUGUGAUAUAUUUGAACUAGUUACUGCAGAAGCGAAUAGAUUAGGCCAAGCCCCUGACUGGUGGUUGAUAUUCGCUGCGGGUUGCACAAGAGACCAAGGUGGAUUGCCGUAUCACAUAAGCACGGAGGAAGAAAUAAGAACCGCCAUUACGAAGACUCUUAAACAAUUUUUACAUAAUUUGCCACCUCCUGUCUUGAUUACUAUCGCUAGAUCUACAGAUGAUGGAUAUUGUCCGGCGGACCAAGUGGAACAGAUCCAGUCACUCGUACUCGAAACAAUCAAAGAAGUUUUUGAUACAGACGACCCUAAUUUAUAUUAUUUAAAUACUAAGAAUCAAAGUUGAAUUGUUCCUAUAAUAUACCAUUUUUUUAUUUAUCUAA